AGCGAAGCUAUAAAGUCCUCCUUUUCUGCCUUCCUUUCUUCCCAAACUUAGGCUUCAGCUCCUCGAUACAACGAGCGGACAGCGAAACGAGAGAAGUCGAAGGUUCAGAGAGAGAGAGAAAUGGAUUUUGAGCUGAGAAGAGCAAGAGAGAAGCUGGAGAGGGAACAGAGUGAGAGAAAGGAGAAGGCCAGGCGAAAAUUGGAAAGAGAGAGAAAGGCCAAGCAAGAGGCAAUGCGCCAGCGCGAGGCCAUCGAGGCUUCUCAGAGAUCACGGAGGCUCGAUGCUGCGGAAGCCCAGCUCAAGGCUGAUCAACAAAUGGAAGAAAGUCUACUUGCUGGGAGAGGAAUUGGGUUUUAUCGUGUCUUAGAAGCUGUACCUUACCAGGGUAGUGGAGAUAAGAUCAAACUGCCCCCUUCUAGCUUCACAGAAUUAUCUGAUCAAGGUGCUUUUGAUAAAGGACCAAUGUAUUUUAGAUUAUCAGUUGUUCAUCAAGAGGGUAAUUUAGAUGUGAAGGCUGCUGAAGCACAACAUUGUGGGACAACUCACUCAGGAGUUCUGGAAUUCACUGCAGAGGAAGGUUCUGUUGGACUUCCUCCUCAUAUAUGGAGCAACCUUUUCCCUACAGAUACUCCCAAUGCUCCUUUAAUUGAGGUUCGUUAUGUUUGGUUACCGAAGGGAGCUUACGCAAAACUUCAGCCAGAUGGGAUUGGCUUUUCAGAUAUACCUAAUCACAAGGCUGUACUUGAAACGAGCCUUCGCCAGCAUGCAACUCUUUCUCAAGGCGACAUAAUCACUGUCAAUCAUGGAGAACUAACAUACAAGUUGCAGGUUCUGGAGUUAAAACCCUCCUCAAGCAUAUCAGUUUUAGAAACAGAUAUUGAGGUUGAUAUUGUGGGUCCUGAUUCAGCUACAGACAAUACAAAUCAGCAUGUUCUCAUACCCCUCAUAUUUGGAAAAUUUGAAGCUGGAAAGGUUGAGGAGGGAAGCUAUGUAUAUUACAAAUUCUCAAUUGAUGAUGAUGCCUGGGCGAAAGUUGCUUCUGGAGAUACCUGUAUUGAGGUGAGGAUAGAAGCGGAGACAGAUGGUGCAGAUACUGAUCUUUAUGUAUCCAGGCAUCCUCAUAUUUUCCCAUCACGGCACCAGCAUGGGUGGUCUUCCCAUGAUGUGGGCUCAAAGACCUUAAUUCUUGGCUCUAAGGAUCAGAGCCUGGGCCCUGGUAGUUAUAGCAUUGGUGUCUAUGGCUUCAAGGGAAGAACAAAGUACCAAAUAUCGGUAGGUGUUCGGGAUAAUUAUAACCAUAAAGUGGGUGAACAAUCUACGCCUUCCUCAUCAACUAUAGAGAUGGAUUCUGUAGAGUGUAGAAAUUGCAAGCAUUAUAUACCUAGCAGGACUAUAGCAUUGCAUGAAGCCUAUUGUAGCAGGCAUAAUAUUGUCUGUCCACACACUGGCUGUGGAGUUGUUCUUAGGGUUUCAGAGGCCAAGAACCAUGUCCACUGUGGCAAAUGUGGGCAAGCUUUUCAACAGGGUGAAAUAGAAAAGCACAUGAAAGUGUUCCAUGAGCCACUUCACUGCCCUUGUGGUAUAGUCCUUGAGAAGGAACAGAUGGUGCAACACCAGGGCUCUGUGUGUCCCUUGCGACUAAUUACAUGCCAGUUUUGUGGGGACAUGGUUCAAGCUGGGACUUCAGCUAUGGAUAUUCGGGACCGAUUAAGAGGACUUUCAGAGCAUGAGAGCAUUUGUGGGUCUAGAACUGCCCCUUGCGACUCAUGUGGGCGCUCCAUCAUGUUGAAGGAGAUGGACAUCCACCAAAUUGCUGUUCAUCAAAAGAAUUGAUUUAAAAAAAAAAAAAAUCAAAAGAAUUGAUUUUAGUUGGGUUGGCACCUGCAUCCCUGUGAUUUCAUUGUUUGGGCAAGUCUAGCAAUUGGUGUGAUGAACAUCCGGUUAAUUUAUGGGAGCCAAUCUGAUUGCUUGUGUUGUGAUUUUUUCUGUUUCAUGGAUGGAUUCCUUUUGUGACGAUAGUUUGUGUUGUGUAUAUUACAAUUUACAAGGCAAUGAAGAAAUUGUUGACCCUGGUUUAGCGUUGGGCAUGCUCUUACAAACUCCCAAAUACAAUGCGGAAACUUUACCUCUGAACUGAAGUGGUUUUCCUUUUGUUCAUCACUGCUUGGCUUAGCAGUCUCACCAAGGUACUCCUACUGCCGCAAGCUACCAAUCUGCCUCGCCAAGAAUGGAACUUAAGCUUUUAGAGAAAGAUGAAGGCAAAGACUCCGUGGGUUUAUAAUCAAUUGAGCUCAUGAGCUGGGCAUUUACCAAAUCUGCCAUGAAGUACAAGAUUUAUUCUUCCCCUCAUUUGCUUGUUUAUUCGAGUGAUUGUGUUCUGGUGUAUUCAUGUAUUUUUUGCCUUUGAUUAAGACUCUUGAUUUUAUCAUGAUACUGUACGGAUGAAUAUUAUUAAUAUAAGAAUCUAAAACUGCCAAAGCUCGCUAAUAAAUUGGCAGAUGGUCAACCAACUUUACCGAACUCAA